AAGGUAUGAAUCACCACAUCAGUUGCAACAAUGUCUCACUAAUUAACUGCCAAAUGUGGUUCUAAGAUGAAGUCUCAACCCUGCCCAUUCAGAGUUCAUGCUUCCCGGAUGACUCAAGAAAGGUCUUUUCAGAUUAAAACCUUAGUCGAUGAGCACAAAUGUGUUAGAAAUUUCAAUAUUUCAAAUUUACUGAGUCCCAGAUGGCUAGCAAGACACUUUUUGAAGGAGUUGAUAAUGAAACCUAACUUGAAGUGUAAGGAGAUGCAAUCAAUAAUUAGGACCAAAUUUCAUUGUGGUGUAUCUUGGUCUAAGGCUUACAGAACAAGGUGUAGAGCAAUGACCAUUAUAGAUGGUAAACUUACAGAACAUUAUGCUAGGGUGUGGGACUAUUGCCAUGAGUUACUAAGGUCAAAUCCUGGUAGCACUGUCCAAGUUGGUGUCACUGUAAAUCCAGAUGAAACAACAUACUUUCACAGGAUGUAUUUGUGUUUUAAAGCAAUCAAGGAAGGUUGGAAAAUAGGGUGCCGUAGGGUAAUUGGUCUAGAUGGAUCUUUCUUGAAAGGGACAUGUAAAGGAGAAUUACUCACAGCAAUAGGGAGGGAUGCAAACAACCAAGUUUAUCCAAUUGCUUGGGCAGUUGUUGACAUUGAAAACAAAGCUAAUUGGAAAUGGUUUUUGGAACUGCUCACAGAGGAUCUUAAUCUGCUAGAUGGAGGAGGGUUUACUGUAAUUUCUGAUCAACAUAAGGGAUUGCUUGAAGCAACCAAAGAAGUCCUACCAAAUGUGGAGCAUAGACAGUGUGCAAGACACAUAUAUGCUAACUUUAGGAAGACCUAUUCUGGAGUGGAGUUCAAGAAUAUGUUCUGGGCAGCUUCCUUAUCAACUGUAGAGAGUGAAUUUCUCAGGAAAAUGGAUGAUAUAAAAGAGGUUAAUCCAAAUGCUUAUGAACAUUUGAUCGCAAGAGAUCCUCACACAUGGUGCAGGGCAUUUUUUAGGACUGAUGUAGCAUGUGAGGCAGUUGAAAAUGGCAUUACAGAGUGCUUCAACGCCAUCAUAUUGGAUGCUAGAAAGAAACCCCUUCUAGCAAUGUUUGAAGAAAUUAGGUUGUACAUGAUGGAUAGGUUCUACCAUAUGUUACAAAAGGCAGAAAAGUGGGAAUCAGUGGUUUGUCCAGCUGCUAUCAAAAAAAUGAACAAGUUUGGAGAGGAUUUGAGGAAUUGGAAUGUGAAUCCAAGUGGACCAUCUAUUUUUGAAGCCAGGAAUGGAUUAGAAGGGUUCAAGGCCAUAUAUGCAAACAAUAUACUACCUGUGAAUGGUAGAAAUUUAUGGCCUAGAACAUCAUACAUAAAGCCUCUACCCCCUUUAGCUAGAAGAAUGCCAGGGAGACCAACUCUGAAAAGAAAGAGGCAUGCCACUGAAUCUCAAGACAAAUACUCCCAAAAUAAGAUGAAGGUUACAGGAAAAGGAAGGACUGUCCAAUGCAAAAAUUGUCUUCAAAGGGGUCAUAACAAGGCAUCCUGUAAGAAUCCCAAGGUCACACCAGAACCCAAACCCAAGAAAAAAAUGGGUAGACCAAGAUUGGAUCCUGAUAUCAGUCAUUGGACUAGAGGUGGUGUAAGAGGUGGUGUCAGAGAUAGUAGAGGUGGUGCAAGGGGUAGUAGAGGUGGUAGAGGGGGUAACAGAGGUGGUGCAGUGGGUAACACAGGUGAUGUAGUGGCUAACAGAGGUGGUGGAGUGGCUGAAGUUGAAGGUGGUGGAGUGGCUGAAGUUGAGGAUGACACUAUUCCUGAAAAAUAUUUAGUCCAUUUAUGGAAGGCAAUGCAAGAUUUGAAACAAUCACGGUAUUCAACUGAAGAAAUUAAAAAGUCACUUAGUCUGACAGAUUCACAUAUGAAACAACUCAAUGAUUACAAUGACACUAUUGAACAAGUUCUUCCUAUGUCUAUGGAAGAGGAGUAUCCACCUCAGAUAGAGACACAAGAUAGGGAUGAAGAAAAUAUCCCUGAGACACAACCAGAAAGUGAGGAAGAAGAAGAAGGCAUUAAUGACACCCAUGAAUUACCAGUACACCUUAGGAUUGUGAAAAAAAGAAGGCCCUCUGAGAGGAUUGUUAAAACCAAGCUGAAGAAGAUGGGAUGUGUUGGGACUUCUUCAAAUUCACCAUUGGAGUUGGAUUAGGGUGUUAGGGUGUUAAGGGUAGUAAGGGUAUUUUGGUACAUCUUUUGUGAAUGCUACUUUUGUGCAUCUUUUGUGAAUGCUACUUUUGUAUAUCUUUUGUGAAUGCCCUUAAAUUACUGAUAACCAUAUUUUGUACAUCUUUUGUAAACACAUUGAAACAUUGUGAAUGCCCUUAACAUGGUUGGUAAUGACAUAUUGGAG